GCAGGACAGAACACUGAAUAUUUCUUUUGGAAGCAUCAGCCUUGAGUUCAGCUGGUCAGACAAAGAUCUGCAGAUCUUUAUUUGAAGGCCUUCAGGGACUUUUGUGAACAUAAUUUUAGUAAGGAGGUGUCAUAAGAAAUAUCUUGAGUUUCAUUUCCAGGAUGGGGAAAUGGCAACAGGAGAAUAUCUACAUGCAGGACAAAACAUUAAAUACUCCUUUUGAAUCUUGAAUUCAGCUGGUUAAACAAAGAUCUGCAGAUCUUUGUUUGAAGGCCUUCAGGGACUUUUGUGAACAUCUUAUAUCACCUGCUUACUAAAAUUAUCUGGAGUUUCAUUUCUAGCUUGGAAAAAUGCAACAGGAGAAUAUCCACCGGCAGGACAAAACUCUGAUUCUUUCUUUUGGAUUUUAAAUACACUCAGUCAAACAAAGAUCUGCAGAUCUUUAUUUGAAGGCCUUCAGGGACUUUUGUGAACAUCUUUCUUAUAUCACCACCUUACUAAAAUUAUGUUGAGUUUCAUUUCUAGCUUGGAAAAAGGCAACAGGAGAAUAUCCACGGGCAGGACAGAACACUGAAUAUUUCUUUUGGAAGCAUCAGCCUUGAGUUCAGCUGGUCAGACAAAGAUCUGCAGAUCCUUAUUUGAAGGCCUUCAGGGACUUUUGUGAACAUCUUUCUUAUAUCACCACCUUACUAAAAUUAUGUUGAGUUUCAUUUCUAGCUUGGAAAAAGGCAACAGGAGAAUAUCCACAGGCAGGACAAAACACCAAAUGUUUAUUUUGGAUUUUGCGUUGAGGUGGUCAAACAAAGAUCUGCCAUACCGCGGGGAAGGCAAAAAUAUGUGCUUAUAUUUUAUUGUAAAUGAUUUUUUAUCAUCUAGGGAUUUAGACUCUGCCUGGGAUGGUUGGGCUGUCACUUCCUCCCCACCAAGGAGAGAGGAGGAGCAGAGCUGGGAGGGCUCCGGGGCUGUGGAUCUGACUCAGGCUGUGGCUUUGUGCAUCUCGUUGCAGCAGCUCUGUGCCACAGCCAUGGCCACGGACUGGCUGGGCAGCAUCGUGUCCAUCAACUGUGGGGAGAGCCUGGGAGUGUACCAGGGCAGGGUGUCUGCUGUGGAUCAGGUGAGCCAGACCAUCUCCCUCACACGGCCCUUCCACAACGGCGUCAAAUGCCUCGUGCCAGAGGUCACCUUCAGGGCAGGUGACAUCACUGAGCUCAAGAUCCUGGAGAUCCCAGGACCAGGGGACAGCAGGCAAUGUGGGGACUCGCAGCACAUGGACACAGCCAUGCCAGGGGUGGGCUGCCAGGUGGGGCCCAGCCAGAAUGGCACUGGCAAGGUGCUGAAGAAGCCCAUGUCCAGCAGUGCCCCACAGAACAUCCCCAGGAGGACAGACAUGAAGAGCCAGGACAUUGUCAUCUCCCCACAGCAGCAGUGCUCCAAGAGCUACAUGGAUCGGCACAUGGAAACGCUGAGCCAGUCCAAGGGCUUCAGGAGGAGACACAACUCCUGGUCAUCCAGCAGCCGCCACCCCAACCAGGUGACGCCGAAGAAGAGCGGCCUGAAGAACGGGCAGAUGAAGAGCAAGGAUGACGAAUGCUUUGGGGAUGACAUUGAUGAAAUCCCAGACACUGAUUUCGAUUUUGAGGGCAACCUGGCCCUUUUUGACAAGGCAGCUGUGUUUGAGGAGAUCGAGACCUACGAGAGGAGGAGCGGCACCCGCUCGCGAGGGACCCCCAACGAGAAACCCGCCCGCUACCGGCACGACGAGAACAUCCUGGAGUCAGAGCCCAUCGUCUACAGGAGGAUUGUGGUGCCCCAGAACCCCCACAAGGAGUUCUGCACGGACUCGGGGCUGGUGGUGCCCAGCGUGUCCUACGAGCUGCACAAGAAGCUGCUGGCGGUGGCCGAGAAGCACGGGCUGACCCUGGAGAGGAGGCUGGAGAUGACAGGGGUGUGUGCCAGCCAGAUGGCCCUGAGCCUCCUGGGGGGGCCCAACAGACUGAACCCCAAGAACGUGCACCAGCGGCCCACGGUGGCGCUGCUCUGCGGCCCCCACGUGAAGGGCGCGCAGGGCAUCAGCUGCGGGCGGCACCUCUCCAACCACGACGUCCACGUCAUCCUCUUCCUCCCCAACUUCGUCAAGAUGCUCGAGUCCAUCACCAACGAGCUCAACCUCUUCAGCAAGACACAGGGACAGCAGGUCUCCAGUGUCAAAGACCUCCCAGACACCCCGGUUGACUUAGUGAUCAACUGCCUGGAUUGUCACGAGAAUGCCUUUCUGAGAGACCAGCCUUGGUACAAAGCAGUGGUGGACUGGGCCAACCAGAACCGUGCCCCCGUGCUGAGCAUAGACCCCCCCAUCAGCGAGAUGGAGCUGGGCAUCGAUGCCAAGUGGUCGCUGGCGCUGGGGCUGCCGCUGCCGCUGGGCGAGCGCGCCGGCCGCGUCUACCUCUGUGACAUUGGCAUUCCCCAGAAGGUCUUCCAGGAGGUGGGCAUCAACUACCACUCCCCCUUUGGCUGCAAAUUUGUCAUCCCCCUGCACUCUACCUAGAGCUCAUGCAGCCCCCCCUGGCUGUGAAGGGAGAGAGAGGAGGAGCUCUGUGAAAGCCAAGCUGUGCUGAGCUGGAUCCCGGCUGGGUCGACUCUGGUGACGCCUUAAAGAAA